GUGAGAGCGGAUAUAGUGAAUGUCCGGGGAGAGCGGAUAUAGUGAAUGCGGGGUCCGGGGAGAGCGAUAUAGUGAAUGCAGGGUCCGGGAGAGCGGAUAUAGUGAAUGCAGGGGUCCGGGGAGAGCGGAUACAGUGAAUGCAGGGUCAGGGGAGAGCGGAUAUAGUGAAUGUCGCUGUUGUCAAUCACAUCUAGUCAGCCAAUGAGGAUCUGGAGAGAGCAGAUAUAGUGAAUGCGGGGUCCGGGGAGAGCGGAUAUAGUGAAUGCGGGGUCUGGGGAGAGCGGAUAUAGUGAAUGCAGGGUCCAUGG